AUGCGCAGGCCGUUCAUUUUUUGCCUCCUCAGUGCCUCUCGAGGAGCCGCUGCCGUCCUGCUGGAUCGCCGAAGCGCAUGCCGCCAUCAGCGCCGCUUCUGGCAGACGCUGCCACCAGACGCCCAUGUCGUCGCCCCCCGCACAGCCGCAGCAGGUGAGAACAUGCCGAGACUCUACGCGGACGAGGCGAACUCCUUGACGUUGAGUGGUGGGGAACCGCUUGCUUUUGUUACCGACUCCGGCCGGGCACCCAGUAGCUCGACCUUCAGCAGCUACGACCCCUCUCUCCUUGCCGAGGACGCCAUGACGCGGAGCCCUGCUGGGCGCCUGGCAGAGGCCCAGCAAAUGACGGCAGGGGACGAACUGCAACCGACGCUUGCGGCGAUCGCAGCUGAUGCUGUUGCUGCUGCCGCAACGGUGACUGCCGCUGUGGACAAUUCUACAGUUGAGGCCCCACCAGCCGUCUCUCGGCAGCCGCCCGCGGUGCUGCAGCAUCAAUACCGUCGGGCCGACCCUACUCCUGCUUCGCGCCGGGUUUCUGUGAGGGGUGGGGGCGACGCCGCAGAGGGCGGUGCGGGCAGUGGCGAGCAGCAGACGGCCAUAGACGAGGGAAGGCAACCGGAUGCGGGGAGGGAAGACGAGGAGCAAGAAGGGGAAAAGCACGCACAUGAGGAAAGGGUUAAAGCUGCUGCGCCCAGUACCCAUGCAAGCGAAGGCGAGGUGCGUGUUUUUGUGCGGGACCACAUGCGCAACACCGUCAGCGUGGGGCGUCUUCGCGCCUUUGCGGAGCUUGAGGGCAGGCUGCCGUGGUGGCUGCUGCACGGCAUCCAGCAGUCAGGGUUUGUCAUACCGACCGUUGUGCAGUCCGUGGCGAUUCCGCUUUUUAUGCAGCGGCGCGAUGUGGUUGGCAUUGCCCCCACCGGGAGCGGCAAGACGGUGGCGUUCGCACUGCCAGCCCUUGCCGCCCUCGCGGCACUGCCGUCACCGAGUCACAGUGGAUGCGGCGCGAGCAACAACAACCACGGCGGCGGUGUGGAGGAUGCAGUGACGGUGAACCCGCGCGUGCUGGUGCUCUGCCCCACGCGGGAGCUGGUGCAGCAAACGCGGAGUGUUUUUUCGCACCUGGCUGGUAAUGCCGUGCGUGUGAAGGGGGCCUUCGGUGGGCAGGAUCGAGAGCAGCAGCUGGAGUUCCUGCGGCGGUGGGGCGGGUGCGACGUCCUUCUCUCCACUCCAGGGCGCCUCUGCGACUUUGUGGAGGCCGGUGCCGUGAGCCUCGGGCAGGUCGACUUUCUCAUCAUGGACGAGGCGGACCGCAUGCUGGAGCUCGGCUUUGCCCCACAGCUGGAGUUUAUCAUGUCAAGCAUCCGCAAGUUCAAGCGGCCGCGGCAAACGACGAUGUGGACGGCGACGUGGAACGCCAUCGUGGGUGGUUUGGCCGCACGCUUUCUCAGGCCGGAGCGCGUCCUCCUCGAGGUGGACCGCGAGCACAAGCUGAACACGGACAUCACGCAGCAGCUGUACGCCCUGCAGGAUCCCUCGCAGCGCAUCCACGCCGUCGUGCGGCUCUACCAGGAGGCCGUCAUCUCGAAGCGGCAGCAGGUCCUCAUUUUUGUCAACCGCAAGGAGGAGGUCGAGAAAAUCGCCGAGGACCUCACGACGGCGCUGCGGGCGCCCCCGGAGUUGGUGCGGUGCCUGCACGGGGGCAUGAAGCAGCGCCGGCGCGAGAGCAUCAUCCACGGUUUCAGGGAGGGCAGCAUUCGUAUCCUCUGCGCGACGGACGUUGCGGCCCGCGGCCUCGACGUGCCGGAGCUCGACCACGUCAUCAACUACGACCUUCCCGGGGACGCCGACGCGUACGUGCACCGCGUCGGCCGCACCGGCCGCGCCGGGCGUCGCGGCACGGCACACACGUUUAUUAUUGCCGGGGACAGCCGGGCCCCGCUUAUCGCCCGCUUCAUCGCAAAGCAGCAGGGCACCGCCUUGCCGGACGAGGUACUCGCAAUCAUUCGCGACGUUGAGCUCCACGGCGGAGUGGCGGCGGGGCGACAAAAGUACAAAAGUCACGCCCGCGUCGCCGGCAAGGACUGGCGCGGGUCUGGCGGUGCGGCGUCGACGAUGGCGGAAGGCAGUCGAUAUGUGCGAGGCGUCGGCCACGUCACGACUCUCAGGCGGCCCACCCCGCGCAAGCAGAGUUAG